AUGGUCGUUUCGGAAAUGCUUGGUAGUGCCUCUCGUCGCGCAUGUGCGGUGCGCAGCGGCGUGCUGCGUACAUGCGUGCGCCCCGCGCCGGUUCGUGCGGUGCAGCCGUUGCUCCGCCGCUCGCUCGCUACCGAGAGCGAGGGCCAAGAGAUGACGGUGCGCGAUGCGCUCAACUCGGCGAUGGAGGAGGAGAUGCAGCGUGACCAGCGCGUGUUCUUGCUUGGAGAGGAGGUUGCUCGCUACAACGGUGCAUACAAGGUGACCAAGGGUCUCCUCGACAAGUUUGGCGAGGACCGUGUGAUUGACACGCCGAUUACCGAGGCGGGCUUCACCGGUCUCGCGGUCGGUGCUUCCUUUGCGGGCCUGCGCCCGAUCUGCGAAUUCAUGACGUUCAACUUUGCGAUGCAGGCCAUUGACCAGAUCGUCAACUCCGCAGGAAAGUCGCACUACAUGUCGGCCGGCGGCAUCACGGGCUCGAUCGUGUUCCGUGGCCCGAACGGUGCGGCGGCCGGUGUCGCUGCGCAGCACUCGCAGGACUACACGUCGUGGUACGGCCAACUGCCUGGUAUCAAGGUCAUCUCCCCGUUCAACGCCGAGGACUGCCGCGGUCUCCUCAAGGCCGCCAUCCGCGACCCGAACCCCGUGGUGUUCCUCGAGAAUGAGAUUCUCUACGGCGAGUCGUUCCCUGUCUCGCAAGAGGUGCUCUCGGACGACUUUGUGCUGCCCAUCGGCAAGGCCAAGGUCGAGCGCGAGGGCAAGGACGUGUCGAUUGUGGCGCACAGCAUCGGCGUGCAGCACGGCCUGAACGCCGCCAAGCAGCUCGAGGAGGAGGGCAUCUCGGCAGAGGUGAUCAACCUGCGCACCAUCCGCCCGCUCGACAUCGAGACGGUGAUCAAGAGCGUGAAGAAGACCAACCGCCUGGUCACCGUUGAGGGCGGCUUCCCGGCGUUUGGCCUGGGCAGCGAGAUCUGCGCCCAGAUCAUGGAGUCGGAUGCGUUUGACUACCUCGACGCGCCGGUCGAGCGCGUGACGGGCGCGGAUAUCCCGACGCCGUACGCGACGAACCUCGAGGCGCUUUCGUUCCCCAACCCAGAGAUCAUUACCAAGGUGGCGAAGCGUGCGCUGUACCGCUCGUAA